AUCGGCCUUAUAUUCGCCGUGCUGCGUACGCGGUCCAGCUGUACUCGUCCUCGUAGUCAUGAAGCUCAACACACCUCUACCUCAACCUCUACCGAAGGAAUGCGAGAAGGCUGCCAAGACAUUCAAGUCGUUUGUCGAUAGCGGAAACAAUGGGCUCGAUGGAGUUAUACCACGCAGCGUUCUGGAGGGAGCCAAAGGCUUCGCAAUCCUCACUGUAUUCAAAGCUGGGUUCCUGUUCUCCGCUCGGGCUGGAAGCGGCGUAGUGAUUGCAAAGUUGGAUGAUGGCACGUGGUCAGCACCGAGUGCCAUCGGCACAGCGGGUGUAGGAUUCGGGGGUCAGGCUGGUGCUGAAGUAACGGAUUUCUUGAUUGUACUGAAUAACAAAUCCGCCAUUCGAUCGUUUAUGUCGGCGGGAUCCUUAACGAUAGGCGGCAAUAUGAGCGUAGCGGUAGGACCAUUAGGCAGAAAUGGCGAAGCCUCGGGCGCUCUGAGCGCAGGAGGGAAGGUGGCUGCUAUGUAUUCGUACUCGAAGACGAAAGGGCUCUUCGGCGGCGUUUCCAUAGAAGGCUCCGUUAUCGUGGAGCGGCAAGAUGCUAAUGCCCAGGCAUACCGAUCGGACGUGACGGCGAAGCAGCUGCUUAGUGGUGCCAUCCCUCCCCCGGAGUGGGCACAGCCGCUGAUCAAGACGCUGGAGAUAUGCACUGGCUUACCCGGGACAAGAAAGUGGGUGAAUGACGAGCACAUGUCUCCUGGUGGUUAUGCCUUUGGUGGGCUUGAGAGCCCAAAGAACGAAGCCCCAUCAGGAUUGUUCUCGCCUUUUGGGAAGAAGAAGAAGGGCAGCACGCCUUUUCCUCCUGCGUCCUGGGGAAGAAAGAAGAGCCAAGGGUCUUACUUCUCUUCGGAGUUCCAGGACGACGACGACUUCGGACGGAGAAGAAGUGAUGAGAGCGAGGGUAUUCCACCAGAACCAACUUACUCGAGUACGAGACCCAGAGAAGGAUCCGACCCCACGGCUCACUUCGAUACCCAUUUUGACUCGGACUUCUUAGCAAACGACCCGGCUCCGAAGAAGCAUCCACACCUCACAGUGUCCCCGGACCAUACCUCCACCACAGCCACCGAUGAUUCUUUCCGUCCACGCACCCCUUACGAUUCUAUGUCAUCCUUCGGUGACACGGGAAGGUCGAGAAUGGCGUCAAACCUUAUGACGCAUAACCGGUCGUUUAGCUCAGGUGCUGCUUUGACUCCGCGGUCAGUGUCCAGUCCGCUGGGAAAGUCGCACACGCCCCAGUCUCGCUCGGACCCCUUCGCACUUGCAUCCGCUUAUGCGAGUGGUACCAACGCGUCUAAUUCGUCGUUGCUCUCGGAUGACUUGAACGUGUCCACCCCCUCGAGCAAGCCGAUACGGCCAUUACGUGUGAAACCAGAGCUCUCGAUGCCCUUACAAGAAGGUGUUGGGCGCUGUAUUGCGCUUUAUGACUUCGAUGCUGUCCAGCCUGGAGACCUUUCGUUCAAGCAAGGAGAUGUCAUCACGAUACUAGAGAAAAGCGGUAGUACAGAUACAUGGUGGAAGGGGAAGCUCAAUGGGAGGGAAGGCAUCUUCCCUGCUAAUCGGGUGGAAUUAGUUUGAGUGGAUGCUCUGUAUUAACUGUUGCGAUUGUCGUGCUCAUUUCUUAGUGUAUCCGUAGUCGGCACUAUUGCUGCUCGUGUCUUGUAUGUCUCCUGUUAUAGUAGCUGUAUCACGUCCACCCGAAUGCCUUGCAAUAACAUGUCAUUAUGUCGCUGAA